GCAAUGUUGAUGUUUUGAAAUAUUUGUUGAUUUGUUUGGGUUUUUAGUCAGAAUUAGAAUAUCUGCUUAGCAUUGCCAUAAUAAUGUGAAGAACGAAAGUAUUGUUAAAAUGCCACUUGGUGAUGAGCGAGAAGCGUUCACGGGCAUCUACAAGACCAAUGACCCUAUUCAGAAUCUCAAAAUUAGGGUGCAUCUAAGACAUGUAAAGGCAGCCCAUAUACCACUUCCUCAGUUUGUUAAUGAAGAUCAAGAUCGAGACAUUGAUGGGGCUUCCUCUGCCUCAGCAACGGCCUCUGUCACAGUGUCAGGCAUCAGCCAAGCCCGUGGUCAUACAUCAGAAGAUGAGAUUAAAACAUUCUCAUGGCAAGAAAAGGUUUUCAGCAAUUAUGAGAUUGAACUCUAUAAGAAUAUUGGAAAUUGUCACACUGCUUUGCAAGAACAGUACCACAAACAAGUAAUUACUAUCAAUCGACAGCAUUCCCAACAAGAGCGAUUGUUUUCUUAUGUUCAUAACGAUAAUGUCACAAAUAUUGAAGAAUUUUUGUUUCUCAACCAGGAUGAAAAUAUUCCAACUUCUGGUGGGGAACCACAUCACAAUCAUUUAGUGACAGCAAUGAGACAACUUCAGAUCAAGCAGCGGUAUACUCCUCAGAAGUUUUUCAGGAGGGAUAAAAUUAAACGCCGUCAACCUUUAACUCAAGAGGGAAGUGGUAAUGCUGAAUUUCACCUUCAGGGUCAUCUACAGGCCACUUGCCAAAAAAUGUACAUUAUGGCUGAUCUCAGCUCCUCAAAUGAAAUUGGAGCAAAUGAAUACGUUUUGUGUGUAAUUCGAUGGAAUGCUGUGAGUGGGUCUCUUUUAGUAAGUCCUGAUAUAUGUGGUGCACCUAACUCUUCAAAACCGUACCGCAUUGAAGUAGAUGGCGAUGCGCGUAACGUUUAUGAGUACUGGCUAGAACUUGUGUCCGGUGGCAUUAGUGAGGAAGAGGAGAUAAAAGAAGCAGAAGUGAGGUCGAAAAUAUACAGUCAUCAGUCAGACAUAAGGAGGGCUAAAGUUGGAGAAGAUUUCACCACUUGUCCCAUUGGUACCUUAGCAAUCCACAUCUUUGGGCAGAUAAAUACUUUAAGAAAUUUUGAUGACAAAAAUCUCUUUGUUCACUAUUUUGUGGAUCUACCAAAAGGUUGGAGCUGUGAUUCAACCAGCUCUCUCUCUGGAAUAAGUGCCUCAUGUAGAGCAGUGGAUGGUUGUGUUCACUUGGGCCAUCCAUUGUUAUUCUCACUAAAAUUAAAUUUAUCUGAUAUGGAAGAUUCUUCUGAAAUAUUCCCGAAGUGGCCUCAAUUAAUGUUUGAGGUCCUAUCUUUGGACUGGUGGGGUCGGUACUGUACUGAGGGCUAUGGUUACAUAGUAAUACCCUCGACUGCUGGCUUACAUCAGACUACGACACAUACAUGGCGGCCCAUUGGGUCUCCCUCAAGUGAGUUACGCCGUUUUUUUAUUGGUGGUAAUCCAGAACUUGACGACAUCACCUUUGUUGGAGUUCCUCAACAACAUGAGGGUAACUUGCUGGGGAAGUAUGGACUCCUGACCACCACCAGUGGAAAUGUUGACAUGGUAUUUAACGUGGUUAUACAGUCUCCAAGCUCAGUAGACCGUGCUUCUUUGCCAGGCCGGAGUGCACUCCUUGAACGCCUCAGUGCAUCAACACUUGUUAGUAGUGUGAACCAGGUACUUGCUGCUUUUAGAAGAGCUCAUGAGCGAAUGCUUGCAGCCAAGGAGGGUCUUGAUCUCAGAAACGAAUCUCCUCAACAAGCUGUGGCUUUAUCACAUUAGUGCUUUCUUUUUCAUUUCAUCAACAUUUUGUGAUUUAAUUUUCUAGUCUAGUGACAGCACAGUGCUAAAGAAUAAUUUGCGGAUUGGUGUGAGAGCAGGGGCAACCUUUCAUAACAUAUUGAUUUUUCAGUUUUGUGUUAAUCUAAAGUUGUACUCUCAAGACAAUAUAUUAUUUUUUUUCACAUUA